CUAAGAAAGCAUCAACCUUUGCCACUUAUCUCUCUCUCUCUCUCGUCGCUUAACUAAGAAAGCAUCAACCUUUGUCGGUUUGUGCAGCAUUUUCUAAGCUUUGUGUAAGAGAAGAUGGAGACGAUGAUAGAGAAGGAGUUUGUGUGCAAGUUCUGUAACAAGAAGUUCCCUUCUGGCAAAUCACUCGGUGGUCACAUCAGGAUUCAUACCAACGAGUACUCACUUCAUUCAACUAGUUACAACGGCAAGAAUCGUAAGAAGAAGAGUAUGGUGGAGGAUCAGAGAGAGAUCACGGCUCCGAAACAGCAGCAACUUUGUUGCAGAGAAUGUGGUAAAGGUUUUGAUUCUUUAAAAGAUCUUUGGUAUCAGAUGGAUUGUUGUCACUGUGAGAGAGAGAAGGUUGUUAUGGAUACUGAGACUACUUCCUCAGGAGGUUAUAGCAUGAAAAGAUCCAAGAAGCAGUCCAGUUCAGAAUCUUUUAGUAAUGGGAGCUCGUCUUCUUCUUUUGUUUGUGAGAUUGACCAAGAACAUAAGAACACUGCUUUGUCUCUCAUGAUGUUGUCUAUGGAUUCUAGAGGACUUACCUUUGUGGUGAACUCUCUGGUGGUGGCUGA